ACGCGCGGGAGCCGGGCGGGCAGCCAUGGCGCGGCGCGCAGGGAGGUAGGCGGGCGGGACGCAGGCAGCGCGGGGGCCGCCAUGGCCCGGCGGCGGCGCCGCGCCUGCAUCGCGCUGUUCCUGGUGCUGCUCUUCGCCUUCGGCACCCUCAUGGGCCUGCGCACACUCAAGGCUCCGGACGGACUCCCGGCGCUGGGCCCGGGCCUGGAGCUAGCUCCCUUUGAGCGACGCCCAGAGGGGGCCCCUGCCCCCGCCGCCCGGGCUCCGGCCGCCCCCGCCGCGCCGCCGCCGCCGCAGCCGCCGCCCCGCACCGCGGGCCCAGGCAGCUCCCUAGGGCCGGCCCCCGCCGAGGCCGAGCCCGCCCCCGGGCAGAGUCUGCGCGUCUACUCGGACCUACAUGCCUUCUACUACUCGUGGUACGGGAGCCCGAGGCGCGAGGGCCACUACAUCCACUGGGACCACGUCAUGGUGCCGCACUGGGACCCCAAGAUCUCGGCCAGCUACCCCCGAGGCCGCCACAGCCCCCCCGACGACUUGGGCUCCAGCUUCUACCCGGAGCUGGGGCCCUACAGCUCCCGGGACCCCGAAGUGCUGCGGGAGCAUAUGACCCAGCUAAAGGAAGCAGCCAUCGGCGUCCUGGUCCUGUCCUGGUACCCACCUGGCAUGGCUGAUGAUAAUGGGGAGCCCUCAGAUGACCUGGUGCCCGCCAUUCUGGACACCGCCCAUCAGUACAAUAUCCAGGUGGCCUUCCACAUCCAACCCUACAAGGGCCGAGAUGACAUCACUCUACACGACAAUGUCAAGUACAUCAUUGACACGUAUGGCUCCCAUGGUGCGUUUUACCGCUAUAAGAACAGCAUGGGUAAGAGCCUCCCACUCUUUUAUAUCUAUGACUCCUAUCUGACAUCCCCUGAGGCCUGGGCCCACCUCCUGACACCAAAUGGGCCCCAUUCGAUCCGCAACACCCCUUACGAUGGGGUCUUCAUAGCGCUGCUGGUGGAGGAGGGCCACACCCACGACAUCCUGGCCGCUGGAUUUGAUGGCAUGUACACCUACUUUGCCUCCAAUGGUUUCUCCUUCGGCUCCUCCCAUCAGAACUGGAAAGCUGUGAAGAACUUUUGCGAUGCCAACAACCUCAUGUUUAUCCCCAGCGUGGGGCCUGGCUACAUUGACACCAGCAUCCGGCCCUGGAACAACCACAAUACGCGGAACAGGGUCAAUGGCAAGUACUAUGAGACGGCCCUGCAGGCAGCUCUGACAGUGAGGCCCGAGAUCGUCUCCAUCACCUCUUUCAACGAGUGGCAUGAGGGCACCCAGAUUGAGAAGGCCAUUCCCAAGAAGACGCCAACUCGGCUGUAUCUGGACUACCUGCCCCAUCAGCCCAGCCUGUACCUGGAGCUGACGCGCCGCUGGGCAGAGCACUUCAUCAAAGAGAAGGAGCAGUGGCUGAUGUGAGGGGCCUGCAAGCUGGGGCAGGAGGUGCCAACAUCCCGGCCCCACCGGCAGAGGUCACCACACGGGGCUUGGCUGAGGUUGUAGACACUCGCUUGUCUCCAAGUCAGCGGCUGGCUGAGGGCUUCUGGGGCCACGGAGAACAGAGCAGGGUGCUCUGCAGGGACAGGACACUAGGCAGUGUUCCAGGAUCAAACCCAGGAGCUGGCAGGUGACUGGAUUUAGCUCAAGGCAGCUCUACAGCCUCAGUCAAAACACUUUGAACUCAUCCCUCUGGCCUUGACUGCAGCUGGUUGGUGGUGUGGCGUCACUACGUCACUGUUCUUAGAAGGGUGUCAGGGCUCUGGGCUAGCACGCACUCUCCCUUCUGCCAGCCUGCAUCCUCUCCAGGCCUGUCUGCCCCAAGCUAGGGAACCCUAUUUGAGAGUCUCUAAAAGGGAAAUUCUCAGUUUAAGCUCUUCUCAGUAGUUCCUAAACCGAAGUAUCAGGAAAUCAUUCUGAGCAUCACAAAUCCAUUCCACACACUCAGUGAGCACCCUACCACAUGCCAGGUGCUGGGGGGAAACUUGGCCAGGAAUGAGUCCUGUCUUCCUUCCUAAGCUUACAGGAUCCACUUUCCUCAUUUGGUGUGGCCUUGUAGCUAGUGCCUGAGCACAGCUCUAAGUUUCUCCUUUUUGCAGGUUUGCCCAGUGCUGGGAGUUAAGUUCUUUUUCCUCUGUGCUCCAGGGCCUCUGUUUUCCUAGAUGAAUAUUUAGCUCCAGGGAGAAGACCAGGACACCCCCACUCCCUUUACCUCCCUAAAAUGAAUGAGGCCCAGUUGCUAGAGCUGUUUUCAGUACUACUGUGAUUUUAUUAAAUAUGACAUGGUGUUCUGUUCUCAAGUCAGCUUUCUUUCCGCUCCCUGCAGGCCCACAAACUCUGAUCCCUGUCAGGUUCUGUGACAAAUCGACAUGUAGGAUGGGCUGGCUACCGUGUUCCUAAGUGUGACGAAGAGGCCAGUUUGCUUGAGAAAUGAGUAGUUUCAACAAGACUUUUAGAGGGAAUAUUUAACAAACCAGUGCUUAUUUACAAAGAAACUAAUAUGCUAAUUGCAGGGACCCUCAGAGCAGGCUUGGGAUACCCUCUUGGCAAGAAUUCUUGAAAAACAUGUAUGUUGGAAGCCACUGUAUUGUCAAGGGUAUGGGCUCAAGACUGAAUCCCAAUUCUGGGAACUGGGGUGCAAGGAGGGUGGGAAAGAAGUGAGCCCUACUGGUCACCUCAAGGACUCCCAGCUCCAAUAAUGGGUACUAAACCCCCCAGUGGAUGGGGCAGGCCUGGUCCCCUCGCUUGUGACAGCUGGGGAAACCAAGGCAGGCAGGGACAGAUGAAAAGGGCUGGAUGGUGACCUGGAGUCAUUUACAGAUGAAGUAACACCGAGGCUUUGUUUCACACAUAGAUACAUAAAAUACUAAAAAUAUGUUAAGGUCAGGGGACAAGGGCAGUAAUUGUCACCCACUGCUGCUGGCAGUGCAACUUGAUUCAGUUCUUUUGAAGGCUAACCUGUGUCAAGAGCCAUAAAAAUGCCCAUAUACUUUGACCCAGUAAUCCUACUCUGAGGAAAUAAUUCAAAAGAAAAAUAAAGCAUUUACAAAGA